UAACGGUUUAUGUAUGCCUUUUCCCAUUUAUUAUACAGCUCCAACAUAUGAUUGUAAAUGAUAUGAUCAGUUCUGAGUUGCUCCAGGUUAGAUUCGCCGAAAGACGAUACAGGUAAAUCAGCGACAGCGAUGUCUAGAGGCGAGGGGAGGUAACUGUCCAGGUUAGCGAGCCGGUGGCUAGCUGUGAGCUAACGCUAGCCAGACACGUCUACAGCACUCAGUCUGCUGUUGCUGCUGCUGCUGGAAGUACACACAUGUUGGACUGCUGCCGGAAGAAAUGCCCGCGACCAAGAAGGAUUUAACACACUUCCCACACAUCGAGUAAACACUACAGUGGAAUGAGGAGUGAGAGAGUGACGGAGUGGAGAGGAUGAGGAGGAGGAUACACACUGCAGAAAGAGAAGAGAUAGCUAUAGCUACAUCUCAGCGUCUGGACUUCACCACAGUCUGUGAAGGAUUUCUGCUUGUUUUUAUUUGUAAUCCUCCACAAGGCCUCCUGUUUUUUGGACUAUCUUAGCGUGUGAGCGUGUGAGUGUGUGUGUGUGUGUGAGUGUGUGUGUGUGUGUGGAGUGGAGAUUCUGAAGCCGCAACGGAUAGUGGCGUUGGGGCAUCUGGACGUUUGGGGAGGCAGCGACGGCCGCCUGGCUGCAUUGUGUUGCUUUGAUGACCCCCGCUGUGUAGCUGCCUGCUCAUCAACCUCCCCCCUCUCUCUCACUCACCCCCCCCUUUCCUCCUCCUCCUCCUCCUCCUCCUCCUCCUCCUCCUCCUCCUCCUCCUCCUCCUCCUCCUCCUCCUCCUCCUCUCUCCAUCACAGCUCCCGGCCCAGCCAUGUUCGGCACAGAGUCCUCAUUAAGCAUGUUUCUCAACACCCUGACACCCAAGUUCUACGUGGCUCUGACGGGCACUUCCUCCCUCAUAUCAGGACUCAUAUUGAUAUUUGAGUGGUGGUAUUUCAGGAAGUAUGGGACGUCCUUCAUAGAGCAGGUGUCUGUGAGCCACCUGCGCCCCCUGCUGGGCGGAGUGGACAGCAGCACCCCCAGCACCUCCAACACCAGUAACGGAGAGGCGGACUCCAAUCGACAGAGUGUGUCCGAAUGUAAAGUAUGGAGAAAUCCGCUGAAUUUAUUUCGU